AUGAAAUCUAUAGCAUUUACUGUGAAUAACAAUAGUGGUAUUAGUCAUGAAAUCUUAUCAAGAUAUUAUAAUAUUGAUUAUAGAACAAUUGAUCAGGAUAAGCGUGCACAAAAACGUUGUGGAUUUUUAUAUUGUCAUAUUCCGAACAAUUGUUUUAUUGUUAUGAACGAUAAGAAAUAUUUUCGUUUAAGUGGUGUUGAUAUACCUGGAAAUUCAUUGUACUAUACAAGUGAUCCUUCUACUACAUCAACAAAUAUAAAAUACAAACAACAUCAAAAAUUUUAA